AUAAAUAUUUUUAUAAUCAAGCACCCUUCUUCACCCACUGGUUGCGGUGUUUUUCCGCGCUUUCACUCCUCUCUUCCUUUGCCCUUUCCGAUCGUUCUCUCUGCUACUGAGAACCCUAAGUGUGCGGAGAGAGUGGAUAAAAUCUUCACGAUGGAUAUAGAUGCUGAGAUCCAGUCUAGCAUUCAGUCUCUGCAGUUGGACUCUGCAGGAAAUAAUGAAGUGGCUGCUUCAGAUGAAGUUAAAGCAGAAGAGAGUGAAAAAUGGGAUGCAGUGGAAGAAGAUGUCAAGGACGAGGUGGUUUCAGAUCCCAAGGAUGAGCCCCCAUCAAACCCUGAGCCAUUGCAUGUGGAGCCAAAAGUGAAGGAUAAAGAAAUGACUGCUCGACAGAUUGCUCAAGAGAGAGAUGAAAAAGAAGAAAACAAGAAGCGACAUCUGAAUGUUGUGUUUAUUGGCCAUGUUGAUGCCGGCAAGUCCACGACUGGAGGGCAGAUACUUUUCCUUAGUGGUCAGGUUGAUGAUCGAACAAUCCAGAAAUAUGAGAAAGAAGCAAAGGAUAAGAGUCGAGAAAGUUGGUACAUGGCGUAUAUUAUGGACACCAAUGAGGAGGAGCGUGUAAAGGGAAAGACAGUGGAGGUUGGUAGAGCACAUUUUGAGACGGAGACCUCAAGGUUUACCAUUCUGGAUGCACCGGGUCACAAAAGUUAUGUUCCAAACAUGAUCAGUGGGGCAUCUCAAGCAGAUGUUGGGGUCCUGGUAAUAUCUGCUCGUAAAGGUGAAUUUGAAACUGGAUAUGAGAGAGGUGGGCAGACCCGUGAACAUGUCCAACUUGCGAAGACUUUGGGUGUAUCCAAGUUGCUUGUUGUUGUCAACAAAAUGGAUGAUCCUACAGUGGGAUGGUCUAAAGAAAGAUACGAUGAAAUAGAAUCAAAGAUGACACCUUUCCUAAAAUCAUCAGGUUAUAAUGUGAAGAAAGAUGUUCAAUUUCUUCCAUUAUCUGGUUUAGUUGGCUCUAACAUGAAAACUAGAGUCAACAAGAGUAUGUGCCCAUGGUGGAAUGGUCCAUGCCUAUUUGAAGCUUUAGAUGCUGUAGAACUUCCUCCACGAGAUCCAAAAGGCCCAGUCAGGUACAGAAACAAUUUAGAUUGAUUGUUGGGUUGAAUU